UGUAUUGUACUGUGUGUUUAUUUUAUCCGUUGUGUUAGGCACUUUGUGCCAUAUGUAAGCCUCCCUGAGUCCCUUUGGCAAGAUGGAGGUGGGGUACAAAAAUAAAGUGAUUAUUAUUAUUAUUAUUAUUAUUAUUAUAUAUCUUCUUGCAGGAGCCCCGAUGGCGGAGUGUGUUACAGCACUGAGCUGCUGAACUUGCAGACCGAAUGGUCCCAGGUUCAAAUCCCGGGAGCGGAGUGAGCGCCUGCUGUUGCUUCAGCUUCUGCCAACCUAGCAGUUCGAAAACAUGCAAAUGUGAGUAGAUCAAUAGGUACUGCUCCAGCGGGAAGGUAACAGCGCUCCAUGCAAUCAUGCCGGCCACAUGACCUUGGAGGUGUCUACGGAUAACGCCGGCUCUUCAGCUUAGAAAUGGAGAUGAGCACCAACCCCCAGAGUCAGACAUGACUGGACUUAACGUCAGGGGAAACCUUUACCUUAUAUCUUCUUGCAAGGUAAAGUUGCAAGGUCUCAUGGAAAUAUAGGAGAGCUCCCAAAGGUCACCUAGUCCAGCCCACUGCCAGGAAGCCCCUGCGGAAAGCACUCCUGAAAGCACCCUGUACAAAGUGCCAUGUUUUUAAAGAUAUUGUUGGCAACCCAAUGAGGCCCAUGUCUCUUUAGGCAAGAAUGCCCCCCGCCAAAUCCCUGCUGAUUCUUGAACUCCCCUUCCCUCAGGGCUGAGGAGGUGACAGGCCCGCCAAGGGCUGAGGCGAGGCUCCCUCUCAGUGGCAGACGCGGCGGAGCCAGGUUUGGGCGGGAAAGUGCGAAGGGGCUCCGGAGGCGGACCUUGUUCGGCCCCUUUGAAGUGCCGGGCCCCCCGGGCCGGAGGGUGGGAGGGCCGCCCCAUAUAAAGCAGGCCAACCCGCGGGGCCCUCGCUUCCUUCCUCCAACCGCCCUGCAAAGGCACAGUCAAAGCGAACCCAGUCCCAAGCCAUGACCAAGGCCCCCUUCGCCUCCGUGGCCUGGCUUUCCCAGAGCAGCCGGACCCCCAAGGAACCCCGGGAAGAGCCCCCCGAGGCCCGACGAGGAAAGCCCUGCGCCCAGGGGAAGCCUUCGGGGGGAGAAGGGCCUCCUUCGGGCCCAGCGACGCCCCCCGAGCAGCAGCCGCCGCCUUCGCCAAGGCCCAGGGCUGCCCGGCCUCCCGGCCCCUCGUCCGCAGGUAAGGCUCAGCCCUUGGCCUCUUUCCCGCGCUCUCUCGUUCUCUCUCCUCACGGAUUUCUCUUCCUUGGGCUCUUCCUUGUUGUGCCUGGUGGAUGUGGCGCUGAUGUCCCUCUUGUUUCUCCGGCAGCCCUGGCGUCCCCCGAGGGGGAGUGGGGGUCGGACGGGGAGGGGAGCCCCUCGGAAGGCCCGCCCGCCGCGAAGAGCAGCAGCAGCCACAGCCCCCGCCGCCGCCUCCGCACCGCCUUCAGCCUGGAGCAGAUCAGCACCUUGGAGAGCGCCUUCCAGCGCCACCGCUACCUGGGCGCCGCGCAGAGACGCAAACUGGCCGCCAAGAUGCGCCUCUCCGAGGUCCAGAUCAAGACCUGGUUCCAGAACCGGCGGAUGAAGCUGAAGCGCCAGAUGCAGGAGGCUUAUCCUUCCAUUCCAUUUAACAGUCCUCUCCCCUUUGGCUCCCAGAGUGGGCCUUUGUCCUAUAUGUACUCACCCCACCAGCAGACAGUGAGCAAGAGAGAAGAUCCUAUGCCUUUGGGCCUGCCUUUCCCACCUUUACCAGCUCCCUUGAUUGAUCCCAGAAGCCUCUCAGCAGGGCAGCCGGGGGCUGUCUGGCCCAUGCCCUUGCCUUGUCUUGUGGGAUACCAAGACCCUCAGACUGUAUUCAUGUCUCUCUGAUGCCAAGCUGGGGACUCGCAGAAGGAUUUGCACUAAACUUUGUUCUCCCACUGAGUAUCCAAAGCUACAGAACUUCAUGGUCUUGGAUACAGACAUGGAGGAUAUAUUUUGCACAGAGACAUUUAUUUACUUUUUGAGCGAGUGUGAAAGUGAUCUAUUCAUAUAAAUGUAUAUUCAACAAGGUUAAAUUGGGCCUUCACUUGUCAUAUAAAUUAGAGCUUGGCCAAAAAGGAACGUAGACUAGUUCCAAAUUGUCUGUCCUAUCCUUGACUUUAAUUGGAGUUAGAUUAUUCUGCAGGGUGGGGGGGGGGGAAUAUCAGGUUGGAUCUGAGUGGCUGUGUACCUAAUAUUGAGAUAGAGUAUAUGAAUCUUUUGAUGUGAGGGUUGUGCAAUAAUCAUAUUAAAACACUGAUCAGCUUUGAUCAUUGCUAAAAUUAAAUCAGAAACAAGAAAAAUGUUGGUAUUUUUUUCAUAGCCCACUUAUAAUAUGUAAGCCACCAACUCACGGGCAUUGCAUUCUAUGGCCAUUUAUCACCAGCAAAAUAUGCUUAAUGAGCUUCUUGUAGAAGUUUUGUCAAAUCCGAUCGAGGGAAUACCACUUGAAUGGUAAACAUGAAAUACAAGUACAGAAAAAGUAAUGCAACUUAAUAUGGAAUAGCUGCUAUGUAAUAUUCAUAAUAUUUAACAGUUAUGUUCAACUCAAGCAUGUCCCAAGCAUUAUGUAGAUCUGGCAAGUUUUGAACCUAUUUUGUAGCUCUUACUUUUGGAUACUGUGUAAUAGUAACAGUAAGAAGUGAACAUGAAACCAGAUGCACAAUUUUAUUUAUUAACACCUAGCAUUUCCAUAGUAGUAUAAGUUUGUUCAACCAUUGUGCAAUCUAGGUCAGUAUAGCAAAUAGCUGUUGUGUGCCUUCAAGUCAUUUCUGAGUUAUGGCAAUCCUAAGACAAACCUAUCACAAGGCUUUCUGAGGCUGAAAAAGUAAUGCAACUUGCUCAGAGUUGACCAGUGGGUUUUCCUGGCCAAGUGGGAAUUUGAACUCUGGUCUCCAGAGUCCUACUCUCAGUCCAUUGUACUGUCCUGCAUUUUACUACGCAAUGAUCUAUUUUUUCAUCUUUUCAGUACUCACCAUAAAAGUAUUAGCACUUUUUAAGUGACAUGGUCCCUGCAUCACCACCACCACCACCUCCUGCCUCAGUUCAUUUUAUAUGUUGAAGCAUUUUCCAGAAUUAUUACAGGGAAUAAGACAAAUGAUUGUACUUCCAUCAGGGAAGUAAAAUAUAUUGAAUUAUCAAUCCAUUUAAACAAAUGCAUUCAAUGUAAACCAGAAUAUGGAAAUAUUAAAUAGUUCUAAUCUAUAUUUUAAAUACUUUAUCUUUUCACUUCCUGUCAAUGUGACUAUUUAAAAAUGUUUCUUAACGUAAUAAAAAAUUGCUAUUUGGUUCAUUUCAGCCAUUUCUGAUUCCUGUGAGUAACCUCUUAUAGUUUAUAAAUUAGGACAUGUGUGCACAUAUUUAAGAUCAACACAGUAUGUUUUAAAACAUACAAACACAUUAAUUAUAUUUUUAUUCCUGAUUUCCUCCUGAGAGUCUGACAUGGGACUACACUGUUUUCUUAACAAAACAUUCAGUUUAGAUCUAGGCCAAGCUAAAGCCCACAUAUGGGGGAGAAAAACUGUGUUGACAUUUUGUCAGUUUCCUACUUUAAUGCACUUGUAUUAACGCAUGCUUGUAAACAGGGGAUUUGGCUCCAGAAUUAAGACAUGUGUGAAUGCCCUGAGAGAAACAGGCUGUCCUGACACUUGCUCCCCUAUGCCGUUCUUUCUAGCCUUCCCCAAAAAUACUAUACAGAGGGAUGUGCUUUAUUCAAUGGUUAGUAUAUUUGUAUGCGGGGAAGUAGAUAACUCGCUCUCCUUCCCCCAGCUGUGCAGAAGGUGCCUCUCAUAAUGAAAAGUUCACAAGGAUAUAUGCAUUCAUACAUUACAUCUUUAGUAAUUGCAGUUGAAUUACAUGUAAACACUAAGUGCAUCACAAAUGCAGCACACAGAACACCUCUUCCUGACAGUGCAGACCCCAGGUAGGUUGUGGGACCCUGACUUGCAGCCCUUGGAGUUCCCCAAAGUUCCCAGAUCCUUGACCCCAACAAACAUUACAUGACUGAGAAACUGUUAAAAAAUCUGCUGAAAAUGAAAGUAAGGUGAAUGAGAUAUUACUUUCAAUCAUUUACUAGUUAAUUUAGAACUGGAAAGCACAUUUACAUUCUUUGCUGUGGACAUGGAGGUAACACAAAAAGCCUCUGAAAUAGAAUUCCUUUUGUAUAUUUGUGUGUAUUUGAUUUCUAUUUGAUUUCCUGUUUCCCAGCUCUGGUCUCCCUUAUUUAUUAUUAUUCAUUUAUUACAUGCAUUUAUACCCCGCCCUUAUGUCUCAUCAGACCUUCCAUGUCAAGGCUUAGAGACACCUAAAUCUAUCUUUAACUGAAGAGAUAAGAUUUAUAACACCAGAAACUCUUCCUACUGCUUCUCUAUAUAACUGGUUCACAUGGAGAAUGAUAAGUGAACUGUGAAAUGACACAAUUCAUUGUCCAUUUCCAGGUGUUCCUAGGAGUUGUAUUGCCACAGAGAGACACACAGAGAAAGAUAUUGAAUAAUACUCCCUGCCUUGGAGUGUGGUGGAGGCUCCUUUGGAGGCUUUUAAGCAGAAGCUGGAUGACCAUCUGUCGGGGGUGCUUUGAAUGCGAUUUCCUGCUUCUCUGCAGGGAGUUGGGCUGGAUGGUCCAUGAGGUCUCUUCCAACUCUGAUUCUAUGUCAGAAUACCAUCUGUUUCUGGUGCAAAUUAUGGAAGGAGAAGCAUCCCAAGAUUUUUUCCCCCAACACCAUGGAUGAAAAUGAAGCCCCUCUCUUUCCUUUUACAAAAUUUGACGAUGAAGCUCCUUUCAAUAUUGGGAAUAAGACAAUGCUUUCUACUCUGUGAAUGACAGGACACUUGCUAGGAUUGUUAGGGUGGCAUUGCCUUCCUGCAAAAUGUUGUUUGCAAUCUUCUGUUUCCCUCCAUGAUUUACAUACAUGUACCUAUUACAACAGAACUGAGGAAACUGUAUCUUCCAGAUGAUAAGACUCCCAACUCCAAUCUAUCUCAGACAACAUGGCAAAUGACCAGGAUCUAUCUAUGGCUUCUGCAGAUUCACCUCCACCCCUAACAAAGAACCUAAAACCACUCAGUAACUGUUGGCUGGCAAAUAGUGAGGCAUGUAUUUUUUUCAAAUAUUUCUAUUAGCCUCA